AUGGUGGCCGGCGGCUCCAAGGCCGGCUGGAAGCUCGUGGCGGCAGAGGCCCUGCUGGUGCAGGGGAGUGCGGAGAAGGCUGUGACGCAGGCCUCCGAGGCUUUGGUGCUGUUCCAGCAGCAGAAGAGUCACGAUGGGGAGAUGGCUGCCACCAACGUGCUGGUAGAUGGCUUGAUGACGAAGGACCCCGCUGCGGCCGGGGAGCUCGCGGACAGCGCCGCGGGGAUGUGCCGGGACCAGGGUGACCUGUCCGGGGAGGCGGCCAUGCUGCUUCGCAAGGCCCAGGCGUUGCUGGCCUCCAUGCAGGAUCCCUACUGCGCAGCGGAGGCUGGCAUCGCUUCCUGCCUGCUCUUCCGGCAGGUGGGUGACAGUGGCGGCGAGGCGGCAGCUUUAGAGGCCGCGGCGCGGGCGCAUUUGUUGUACGAUCCGGAGCAGGCCUUGCAGGCGGCAAAGGAAGCGCUGGCCUUGUGCAGCGCCGCAGACACGGCAGCGCUGCCCCGGGUGGAGCGCACCAUGGCGGCGGCCAAGGCGCAGCUCGCCACGGCCCAGCAGGCGGAGCAGGCGAAGUCUCUGAGCUGCCGCGGGCAGAGCGCCCCGAGCUUCAAGCCUGGCGGCCUGGGAGGGGUGCGGCCCGCCGAUCCCGAGAUUCGGCAGUGGGCAGCGUGGUUUUUCGAGAGGAUACGAUAG